CCCCUCUGCAAGCAAGAAAAAGAUGUACAUGCUGGGAGUCUUGGUAGUUAUUGUAUGUGUGGUAGCUGUUUCUGUUGGACUGACGUAUGGUUCAAAUGCAGAUGAUGCAAGUGCUCCCAUCUUUUACCAGAGUAAUAAAGGAUCCCCCAUAGAAAAGUCUCUGCAGUACAAAGCUACAGCAUUCGACCAGUUUGAAGCUGGGAGUAACUUUGGUCCCGGGGGCCGUGGCUGGGGCACCAUAGGGGCCUCUGACAGCGUGCUUGGCGAGUACAGCAAAGCAGCUGUCAGCGCUGAUGGAGUGCCAUGUGCUGAAGUGGCAAGGGACAUUCUCCUCAAGAACAGCACUGCUGCAGAUGCAGCUAUCGCAGGUAUGUUUUGCUUAGGAGUGAUCAACACGCAGUCUAUGGGCUUGGGUGGCGGCUUCCUAGCCACAUAUUAUGACCGAGCUUCACGCACGGCAUACACUCUGGAUGCCAGGGAGGUUGCACCCUACAGAGCUUCCCAAGACAUGUUUCACGGCAGCAGUAAACUUAGCCAAAAAGGUGGCUUGGCCGUAGCAGUGCCGGGAGAGGUGCGCGGCUACAAGGCUUUGUAUGACCGCUUCGGGGGCGGCCUCCCCUGGGCCGACCUUGUGGCCCCCGCCAUCCGCAUCUGUGAGGAGGGCUACCGCGUCAACUGGCACCUCGCGAGGGCCCUUCAUAAGAACCAGGACGCUAUCAAGAAGGAGCCUAGCAUGAGUGUUUUCUUGGACCCCACAACUGGAAACGUCCUGAAGGAAGGCGACCUACUGAGACGACCUGACCUGGCGGCCACCCUGCGGGUCAUACAAAGAGAUCCUGACGCUCUGUACACUGGCGUCCUUAGGGACGAUGUCCUUAAGGACCUGCAUGACCACGGCUCCAUUAUUGACGAGAAGGAUUUGCUCGACUACCAAGCGAAAUGGCGCGACCCCGUGAACGCGGGUCUAUCCAAUGGCGGCUACACCCUCUACUCCAUGCCGGUUCCAGGCUCCGGUCACAUCUUAGCCUUCAUCCUGAAUAUUUUGGACGAUUUUAAUCUCAACUCCGAAAGCAUUAAAAGCCCUAAAUCUUUAGUUACUCAUCAGCGCAUCGUUGAGGCCUUCAAGUACGCUUAUGCCAAGAGGACAGAGCUCGGAGAUUCGGAUUUUACUAAUAUUAAAAAGUUACUGGAGCAGCUGUCGUCUGAGUCGUACGCAGCACAAGUGCGUGCCGUGCUGACCACGAGCAGCACGUCGCACGACCCCCACGACUACGGCGCCGUGGCAGCGCCCCCUCCCGGCGACCACGGCACCUCACACUUCUCCCUCCUCGCCCCCAACGGCGACGCCGUGGCUGUCACCAGCACCAUCAAUGUCUAUUUUGGUGCGGGAUUCCGCGGUCAACGCACCGGCAUCAUAUUCAACGACGAGAUGGACGACUUCUCGUCGCCCAAUAUCACAAACUAUUUCGGCAUUCCCCCCUCCACGGCUAAUUUCAUAAGACCUGGCAAGCGGCCGCUGUCGUCCAUGGCGCCCACUGUGAUCGUGGACGCUAGGGGCGACGUGCGUCUGGUGCUGGGGGCGGCGGGCGGCUCGAAGAUCCCAUCAGGCAUCGCCAACGUCGUCAUGCACAACCUGUGGUUCGGCAGCAACAUCAAGCAGGCCAUUGAUGCACGCAGGUUCCAUCACCAGCUCUACCCCAUGGCACUCAUGUAUGAGCAUGGCUUCAAUCAGACGCUGAUGCAGCAGCUGUCAGCUCUGGGUCACGAGCUGCAGGAGUUCAGCGUGGGAGGGUCGGUGGUGUGCGCUGUGUCGGUGGAGGGGCGCGCGUUAUACGCUAACUCAGACUUCAGGAAGGCGGGGCAGGUCGCGGGAUAUUGACGGCGGCGCCGGGACCCUUCCUCUCACCUGCACCCAGUGGCUGCUCAUAGCCAUGACGAGCAGCGAGAGCCAUACGACUGUCGUAAAGAUCCAUACGACUGUCGUAAUGAUCCUUACGAAUGUCGUAGAAAUUCCUACUAUGGUUGUGAAGAUCAAUACGACUGUCGGAAAGAUCCGUACGGUUGUAGUAAUGAUCCUCACGCAUGCUGUAAAUAUCCCUCCGACGGUCAUGAUGAAGAUCGCUACGGUUGUCGUAAAGUUCAUUACAACGGUCGGAAAGAUCCUUACGAGUGUCGUAGAAAUUCCUACUACGGUCGUGAAGAUCCCUACCACGGUUCUUUGUGCGAUGACAAUGUUUGAAAAGGAAGUUUGUUUUUCCGUAAAGAUCCUUAGAGGAUUAAAUUAUUCUUGACGGAUACUCAAUCCUUCGAUUAAGGUUAAGGAAGCUUCAAGGAUUAAGGUUCCUCAAUCCUUCAAUUAAGAAUUAAAGUAAUAUCGUUAUUCUUGUGUCGAGGCGACUGUUUGGAAUGAUCUCAACUUCAAAUGGUUUUAAACAUCAAACCAAACUCGCAUAAUAUUGGCCAAUGGUUCGUAACUUUCCACUUUCAUUAACGUUCUCAUGACUGUCCUUGCCUCAUUUCAACUCUGGAACAACAUUCCAACUUUCCCUCUCGGCUACCGGUAUUCAUCUUAACAAUUCAUAUUACGACUACUCUUCAUGUUACGUGAAAUGUUCCUAUCCAAAUGUCCUGAUAGUAAAAUUAUAACAGUUGAUAAAGCACCUAAAAUCGGAUGAUAGAAAAUUAUACUAAAUAUUUAUAAAGAGCAACUUGGUACGAAGAAGAAUUUAUGUUCUUAUGUUAGUGAAAAAGUUCCAAGAACCUGGAAAAUCUCUCAAUGGCAGCUCCGUUCUUUACGAAAGAAUUAACUCUUUUUACACUGCACUUAGUACGAGUUUUUGAUUUAUUUGUUUUAGUUUAUUAAGUUACUUAUCAAUUAAGAUGACUUCGAUUUACUUUAAUUAAAAAUUGACCAGAAAUUUAUUGAAAAAAUUUUUCAUGGGAAGGAUAUUUACUUUUCAAAUUCUGAAAAAAAUGUGAAAGUGUUUGAAAUUAGACGGGUAACUACCACUUGUUCUGUUGUUGGAAUCCUUUGUAGCAUUCCACUUAGUAAUAGUUUUUGACUCGCUGAAUGAUAAUUUAUAAGUACAAUCCAGUUAAACAUUGCGAUGACGUCACAAUUGAGCUACUACUUUUUUCGAUGAAUGUGCAAUUUAUUGUUAUAUUGUGGACUUGUUAUGAAUGCAUUUAAAUAAUCCUUAAUUGUACUUGUUACGAUAAUGUUUUGUUUGUUGUGUUAUGUUUUCUGUUUUAAUAUUUUAAUUAAAUUGUAUUCGCCUCAGGAACAGCCCAUCCUAAUUGACUUUCAAUUGAAUUGUUCUAUAACUUGCUGCUAAAUGUUAUUAGUUAACAUGAUCUGCGCAUGAUUAACUCAAUUAAAUUAGAGGUCGUGUAAUAGACUUUGACUCAGUGUUUUAUUGAAGAUAAAAUUCCUUGAAUUAAUCUUUAGUAACUCUUAAUAAGACCUCGCUGUCUGAUACUGUAUUAUUAUCGUAUAUUUUAAUGCGUAAGGAACU